UGUAUGUGUGUGUGAAUGUGUGUGUGUGAAUGUGUGUGUGUGAACUGAACUGACCUGUGCUCCUGGAUCAUGUCUCUGAAACUGCCUCGCAGCUGGGACUUCAGCGCCUUGAAGGCUGAGACAGCUCGUAUAGCCCGAUCCAAGAGUGUGUUUCCUGGGGACGGACCAGGACCAGGCUUGCCACGUUCCUUCAGGUCCAUGGAGAGGCCACUGAAGGCCGGCUGGCUGAAGAAGCAGCAGAGGUCUUUAGUGAAGAACUGGCAGCAGCGCUACUUUGUGCUGAGAGGAAGCACUCUGACUUAUCACAAAGAUGACAAGGAGACCACAGUACAGGGAGUCAUCCAGCUGCGCUUCAGUAACGUUAAUGAACUUCCUCCAAGCUCAGAUGACUCCGGGAAGUACCUCUUCCAGAUCAUUCCACGUUUGGCUGGAGACAGGGAGCGAUGUCCGCAUGUGUUCAUGGCCAACUCCCAAAGUGAGAUGGAGGACUGGGUCCGCACCCUGCGCAGAGUCAUCGGAGUGCCAACCAGUGGAGUGUUUGGAAAGAGCCUCAUGGACACAGUGACGUACGAGCAGCGUUUUGGACCCCACAUGGUGCCGAUCCUGGUGCAGAAGUGCGUGGAGUUCAUCACAGAGCACGGGCUGGAUGAGGAGGGCAUCUUCCGCCUCCCUGGUCAGGAAAACGCUGUCAAGCAGUUCAGAGACGCCUUUGAUGCAGGAGAGAGGCCCUCCUUCCCCAGUGACACAGAUGUCCACACGGUGGCGUCGCUGCUCAAACUGUACCUGCGGGAGCUGCCAGAACCUGUGGUGCCCUGGUCCCAGUACCAGGACUUCCUGGACUGCACCAACCUGCUGGACCCCAGCAGCUCAGAGGGCUGGGGCAAGCUGGAGAAACAAAUCAGUCUUCUCCCCAGAGUUAACUACAGCCUUCUCAGUCAUGUUUGUCGGUUCCUGUUCGAGGUGCAGAGUCACUCAAAGGUCAAUAAGAUGAAUGUGGAGAACCUGGCGACCGUGAUGGGGAUCAACCUGCUCAAGCCUCAGAUAGAGGACCCCAUCACUGUGAUGAAGGCGACGCCUCAGAUCCAGAAGCUGAUGACGGUGAUGAUCAGACAGCAUGAGACUCUGUUUCCUCUCUCCAAAGACGUGCUUCCCUCCUCUCCUUCAAACAAGACGGAGAGCCAGAAAAAUGCUCCUCGGAGCUUCGUGGGCUGGGAGUCCGCAGAGAUGUGGGGAGCAUCUCUGUCCGAGUCUCCAGAAGAGGAAGAAAAGGACAUUGACAGUCCAGGUCCACUAAGAAGUGACGUCCAGCCCCGGACACUUCUGCAUGAGCCUCUGUCCCCCGACGUAGACGACUUGCUCGCAAGUCCCCGCAAACGAACCCAGACCCUCCCCACCUUCAACUGCCCCCUCACCGGGAUGGCAGCAAAGGCAGAAGCCCUCAACAGGUGGAGCUGCAAACAGGAGACUAUAGAGGAGAAAACUGGGACGUUUUCAGAAGACAUUUUUAAAAUCCUGGACCUGCGGACUUCGGGGUCAUUUUUGGGGGGAUCUCAGAUGAGCAGCAAGGACAAGGUGGACAGACUUACAGCUCGAAGGGGGAGUGACAACACAUCCACAGCUGUUGGUUUCCAGAAAGCAGAAAGUAACUCCCAGCCAGUGCAAGUACUCGCUCAUCAGAGGAGUGCGGACACCUUGACGGUGAGCAGCUCGGUGCAGCAGGCCAACAGCAGGCCAGAGCCGAAGGAAGACCAGCAGCAGCUUCUAAACACUUUGCAGCAGCAGAACAAGGAGCUGAAGGCCACUGUGGCAGAGCUGCAGGACGCUCUGCAGGCAGAGCAGCGCCGCGUGGCCGCUCUGGAGAUCUGCUUAAAGAAUACAGAGCGCAGCCAACAAGAGACCCAGAGACGCAACGAGGAGCUGCAAAGAGACAUUCAGCUUUACUUAGUCAGAGAGCAAUAAAUGAGCUUCAACCCAGUGAUCUUUUUCUGACUUUCUGGGCUAAUUUAGGAGGAGCUGCUUGACCUGCGGCCAUCUUUCAUCACCAGGUUGCACUAAUUGAUUCUGUUUGACCCUGAAGAAAAGUGUCAGGCUCAUUUCUUGUGGCCUGUUAGACAAGCCUGUGUUAACGUCACCGUUCAGUUAGACACUUUAAACAAGUGUUUCUCCUACAGCCACAAGAACUUAUCUGUUAAACAGAGCGUACAGGGAAGGAAGAGCCACACCUGGAAUAAUUAAAUUAUUUACAUAGAUGCACAUGGCCAGACGAACUGAACUGUCUGAAACUGAUGGAAGGUGUGCACAUGCGCACGAGUGUCAUC